AUGUCCUCUGCGAUAUCCUAUUUCCACAGCCAGGGCAUUGUGCACAACGACAUCAAGCCAGCAAACAUCACGUUCAGCCACACUCGCGGUGCUGUUCUCAUCGACUUCGGCCUAUCGUCCGGGUUGAAGGAUAGUGCCGUACACGUUGGUGGUUCGCCGUGGUACACCCCCCACCCCCAACACGCCAUUAACGGUAAGCGAGGGGCCCCUGGCGAUGUCUUCGCCUUGGGAGUUGUGAUGCUCUUUAUCCUCAGAAAAAUCCCCUCCCAGAUUUGCGGCCCCGACUGA